UCCGCAAGUGCUGCGCCCAAAGAUAAGCACGACAAAGAAGAUUCCAGCCAGCCCUGUGACUGCGUGACAUGUAUGGCGUUGUGUACUUUUUGUCAUUUUAACAUCGAUACAACAUAGUAUUGUGCUUUACAUUGGAAGCUGAACCGCAAGGCCAAAUAACACACAAAUGAGCACACACCCAAGCUGUGACAAUGAGGCACAUCUUCCUCCUCCUGCUUCCCUACCUUGAUGUUUGUGGCAUCCAGGCAGCUGCAAAUCUCCGAGUCUGUGCCUUCAACCUUCAACAUUUUGGGGAAUCCAAAGCCAAGAAGCAGGAUGUCAUGCAGACAUAUGCUAAGAUCAUCACCCGGUGCGAUGUGUGCCUACUUCAGGAAGUGAGAGACAACAGACAAAAAGCUUUGCCCCAAUUACUUGAGCAUCUUAACAAGUAUGAUCUUCAGCAUGAAUAUAAAGCUGUGGCGAGUGAGAGAUUGGGCAGGUCUGAAACAUACCAGGAGCAGUAUGUGUUUGUCUACAGGGCUAAUAAAGUGACAGUCACGGGCCAGUAUCAGUACCCUGACGACAAGCCAGGAGAUGUGGAUGCCUUCUCCAGAGAGCCGUUUGUUGUCCGCUUCAAAGCUCCAAAGACAGCGAUCAAGGAGUUUGUCCUUAUCCCACAACACACCAGUCCAGCUAACGUCUCAAAGGAGCUUGAUGCACUUUAUGAUGUUUUGCAACAUGUAAGGAGGAGGUGGAAAACUGAGAAUAUAAUGCUUCUUGGGGACUUCAAUGCUGAUUGUGCCUACCUUUCCAAGAGGAGUCGCGGGAAAUUGCGCUUGUUUAGAGACAACAAUCUGUUCUGGUUGAUGCCAGAAAAGACGGACACCACCGUCCGAGACUCCACCUCCUGUGCCUACGACAGGAUUGUCGUGCACGGUGACACACUUGCCAAUGCAGUUGUACCCUUUUCAGCCAAGCCAUUCAACUUUCAAAUGGAAUAUCGUCUCUCGGAGGAAGAGGCACUCAAGGUGAGCGACCAUUACCCCAUUGAGGUCCUCCUGAAGAACAACGCAUCAAAAGUCUCCUUUAGCCUCUUCCUUGUUUCACUUCUCAUAUUCUCUGCAGAUGAAUCACUUAGUUUGAUGGCAAUCCUACUGAAGGUGGGUAAAACACGGCACACUGUCUAACCUCACAAAAAUCUCGGUGUCUUGUAAUGAUCUCAAUGCUGGCAGUGGGAGCUUUUUAACUGUACAAUGUCAGUUCUCCAGUGUCUUCUUAUGUCCUAAACAGGAUGGGGACCUUUUCGACUUUACAAGUGUCACACUGGCUUUUUGUAUCAGCCAAAAUAAGUAUGAUAGUAAUAUAGUAUUCGCACACUAUUUGAUUUUUUUUUAUAUGUCAAGCUGUAAUACAGUAAAAUCAUCACUGUCAUAUGAUUUACUGUGAUCGCAUUACACAUGUAUGGUAUGUUAUUGCCUUUUUACAUGAAAUGUUUAAUUUGCUUUGAUGUGUAAAUUCAAGCUGUAAUUUAUCACACAACGAUCAGUGUUUGAUUCUAAACCAAAAGAUGUGCAUUCAGCACACAUUAUCUUUCAUAUUGGAAGAGAUUGUGGUUAUGAUGCUUAAAGCAAUGUAUGCUUUGGGUUUGUAUGCAAACUAUAUCAAAGGAAAUGAAUAAACAACGACUGCCUAUUGCUGUUCAGGGGUUUCAUAAUUUUGCUGGAUUACAUAAGAGUAUACAAACAUUCUUCAGACGUAUGUUGACUGUCAACAUAUUCACCCAUUUCAGCUAUAACCUAAAGAGAUGCCUCUCUUUGAACUAACUUGCUAAACUCCAGUGGAACGAGAAAAGACGCAGUGUCCAAGACAGUUAUUGUCGUAAAAAAAAAAA